GACGGUUAAUCGCCUUACUUCCGUUUACAAUUUCCAUAUGCUAGAAAGAAACGGACGAUGGUAAUCUCCGACAGUUUUAAAAAUCCGUCAGAUGUUGUAUUUGUUGUUGAAGGAACUGCAAAUCUUGGUGGAUAUAUUGACGUCUUAAGGGAGAAUUAUAUUCUACCCACUUUAGAAGUUUUUAAUGGCGGUCCACCUGACCCAACAGAUUAUGGACGUGAUUACAGCUGUACUCUGUACAACAUGGUUACAUUCUACAGUGCUGAUAUCAUGCCAGACCCUGCAGCCAGAUGUUCUGAUGUGACAACAAACAUCCAUGAAUUCUUAACAUGGCUUGAUAAUACACCAUUUAUUGGUGGUGGGGGAGAGACCUGUAGUCACAUAGCAGAGGGGCUCAGUACAGCUCUCCAUGUUUUUGAUGACUUAGCAAAACUAAGAAAACAGUCAGCUGGAAACCAAGUGUCCAAACAUUGCAUUUUAGUAUGCAAUUCCCCACCUUAUCAGAUGCCCAGUCAAGAAAGUCCAAGAUACUUAGGUUUCACAUGUGAUCAGCUGGCAGGCAUGAUGGCUCAGAGGAGAAUCAAUCUAAGUAUUAUUUCCCCAAGGAAGAUAGCAGCAUUACAGAAAAUGUAUGAAGAGUCAAGCAAUCAAGAAAUGCCAAUGAUGUCAAGUAACAAUUUCACUGUUGAUCCACGACAUCACAUAUUAUUACAUGGCUAUCAGCUGGAAGAGAGAUCUUUAAGCCCUUCAGUAGAUUCUACCAAAGACAUAAAAUUAGACCAAAGAUCUGAAGUUUGUCCAUCCCCACCUUUCUCCAUUCCUAAUGCUCCACUGAGUCGUGCCUAUUCACCUUCAAGUACAGUUGUAUUUAGUCCAGCAGAUGGGAACCAGUCUCAGCCACAGGAUCAAAAUCUCUUCAAAGUUCCCUCAACAGCACCCUCAUCAAAUCCAAACAUGCAGUCUAAUCUCCAAGGCAUGCCAUCACCAUACUCCGCCAAUUCACCAAUCAACCAACCCCCAACAUCACAAUUCCAACAACAGCAACAACAGAUUUCAAACUUUGGACAACAGCAAAAUCAAACAACACAGUUAACAAUUCAAGGUCAACAAAUAGGACAACAUCCAUCACAACAACAACAACAGCAACAACAACAGUCACAGCAGAGCCAACAAUCACAACAGAGUCAACAAGCUCAACAGCCCCAAAUGUAUGGUCAGGGUCAAAAUCAACAACAACAACUACAACAGUUUCCAAAUCAGUUUGGCGGUUUGGACACCAUGGGACAACAGAACCAGUUCCAUUCCAUGUCUGCAUCUGUUACCAUGCCAACCAGUAUGCAUGUGUCUCAUCCUGGUAUGGCACAGCGUUCCCAGCCUGGUGUAGGUGAUAAUCCAUUUGGUUUUACACAGAACAAAAUCAACAUGGGACAACCAACAUCUACUGUGGGUUUUGGUAGCCCAUCCAUGGCAGAUAUCAUGACAACGCCUUCAUCUAAUAUGGCAGGCAACAAUUUGGUUUCUGGGGAUUUUAACAGAGGGAAUCAACAAGCCAUCAGAAUGCCAGCAAUAAAUCCUGCCAACACCAUGCAGCAGAGCAUGGGGUCACAACAGGGCAUCAUGUCAACAUCCAUCCAAUCACCACAGCAGGGUAACCAGCAAUCUGGUUCCCAACAACCAAUCCAGGCUGGAAUAGACCCUGGUAACCUUCCCAUCAUUCCAAAUCCUCCAAUACAAGGACAGAACAAAGACAGAAAAAUCAUAUGGUCAGGUAUGCUUGAAUAUCAGGAGAAGAUUAAAUCAAAUGGUCCAACUCAGCCUAAAAUGGCUCGGCAACUACAGUGUCAACUCUCAAUAGGGGCUGCAGACCCAGAAAUCAUUACUACAAAUUGGCCAAAGGAACUAAUAAUGCAGUUGAUACCACAGUCUUUACUUAGCUCUCCACAGCUACAGCCAUUGUUUAAAAGUUCUCGCCAGGUGGCGUUUCACUUCGGAAACCACAAUGUGGACUCAUUAAGGAAUCUUCAUAGAACAAUGGGUUCUGGUUUUGCUGGUUGUGUUCAUUUCCCUCCUGGUACCCAGUGUGAUGUACGAGUAUUACUCCUCCUGUUCAGUAAUAAGAGGAAGGCCUUUAUAGGGUUGAUCCCUAAUGAUCAGAAGGCAUUUGUUGAUGGUAUAAGAAAUGUGAUAUUUACCCAUAAACUGAAGCAAGCACAGGCUCAGCAGGCGGCAGGAGGAAGUCCACAACAAUUUGUACAGCAGCCUCAAGGUGGUUUACAAAUGGGACAGGGCAUGGCAAAUUCUCCACAGCAGAUGCAACAGCCGGGACCAACAAAUACAAUGACAUCUACUGGCAUGGUUACACAGACUUCAAAUAUGAUGCCACAGGCUGGGAACAUGCAGCAACUUCAGCAACAGGCAAUGCAGCAAAAGAUCCAGCAAGCAAAGUUACAAGAACAACAAAAACAACAACAGUUAUUAGAUGAGAUAUAUUUUGGUCCACCACCAAAUAUGUAUAGUGCACAACAAAGACUUCAUCAACAAAGAUUACAGCUUCAGCAACAGCAACAACAACAACAACAAGCAAAUCAACAACAAGUCAGUAAUCAUCAACUUCAACAACUUUUGCUCAGUCAACAGCAACAAGGCCAGCAGAUUCGGCAGCCACCGAUGAUGAUGCAGCAACAGCUCCGAGGACCCAAUCCCCAGGGUCAACAGAAUGUGAUGGGAGGGGCACAACAGAUGAUGCCUAACUCAAUGCAGAUGGGUCAGCAAGGUCAAGUCAUGGGUCAAGGUCAAUCAAACUUAUUAGACAGUUUCGACUUCAAUGAUUUAAUUUAAAGACUUGUAUUCUGUUAUUAUGGAGGAAGAAAAUAUUCAGAAUGAGAUUACAUAUCUUGUGAGGUAGAAGUGCAAUUUAACAUUUUUCUUAAAAGAUUUUAUAAUGACCAAGAAAAUAAAUGUUUUUGUCAUUUUAUAGAUUUGUGCAAGUAUUUAAUAUUUAUUUGUAUGAAAUUUUUAUCAAAUAUCAUUAAUUGCCUUAGAACAACAAUGCUUUCUUAUGAAGGUAUUUUAUUAUAGGUGAGUGUAAGAUUAUCUGGUUUCUAAGUUGUUCCAGACAAAACGAUAAGUUGUUAUACAAUAUUAAGCCAAAGAAAAGUCAUCAGUCAUUCAUAGUUUUGCCUAACAACGAAGCUGUCACCAUUCAAAGAAAUCAUUUCUUUUGUCAGGUAUUAUUAUUGUCUUGUUUCAUACUUUAUUUCAAUCAUCUCCUGCUUAAAAAUGACAUGACAAAAUUUCCCCCAAACUACAGGACGUGACAUGAUGACGUGUACCAGAUUUUUAAAUUUUUGAGGUUUCCCAGGCGUGGAUCCAGAGGGUGUUGAAACCCCCCUUUUUUUUUGGACGAUCAAUGCAUUUGAAUGGGGACAUGUAGUUGGAACCCCCCCUUUUUAAAAUGGCUGGAUCCGCCCGUUUCCCAUUCCAAGACAGUGACGACCAAUUUUACUUAUACUAUAUGGAGACACAUGCAUUCUUUGAUAGACUUGUACACAUUGUCAAUUUUUUACAUGAAAAUGUUUGACCCUUCUAUUCCUGCGAUAUGGUCUUGAUGUUAUCACACAAUGAACAUAGAGUGUUUUUUAAAGGAUGAAAUUAAAGGACAUUUGAAUAUCUAGAAAAAUCAAACAUUUAACAUUGUCUCUAUUAUAAUUCAUAUUCCACUCCUUAUUUCAUCAUUCAUAGAUUGUUGUUUAUCUUGUGUUGUAUUUGGUGAAAGUACUGAAACAAUUAAACAAGUUCUGUUCAAAUAUGCUGACUAUUUAUUAUUUAUUUAUUAUUUUUGUAAAAUGAAAUGCCUUUCAUAAGAAUUACAUAUUUUUAUUCUAGCUCAUUACAUAAAAAAAUCAUUUAUCUAUCAUAUGAAUUUAAUUUUGAAUCAUUAUUACACGGAAUUGUGUACUGUAAAUUCAGAAAUUAUUGCAAGCAUUUAUUAUUGCGAUUUUGUCAUUUUAGACUUAAAUGCAAUUUUAAUUUUUACUAUUUUGAAAAAAAUCCUGUUAAAUUCAUAUAAAAUAUUUCAAAAUGCAAGUUUAAAUUAUUACGUUUUGCAACUCAGUCCAUUUUACGCAUUAAUAAAAACCUUGCAUUAAUUUCUGAAUUUACAGUAUGUUAAAUAGUUCCUUCAUAGUUUAUCUUGCCACAGUAACUGAUAUUUAUUUUGUAGACCCACCUUGUUCUUGAAGAAAAUACAGUAUUUGUUUACAAGAGUUAUGAUGCACAUAAAGUGAUAAAAGGAUAUAGUUAUCUUUUCAGAUAACUAUAUGAUCAAUAAUAUUUUUACCCUGUAUAUUGUCAGUUUACAUUGUCAACACUGUAAUAUGUUGGUUUACAUUGUCAAUACUGUAUUUUGUCAGAUUACAUUGUGAACUUUGUAUUUUUUAAGCUGACAUUGUUAACAUUAUAUUUUGUCAGUACAUUGUUAACACUGUAAUUUUUCCUGACAUUGUUACAGUAUUUUUUUAGUUGACAGUACACACAUUACAUUUUGUAUACAUUUGUACAUGUUAUUUAUGUCAUCUCAUGCAGUUGUUUUAUAUUGUUGAUUGCUAUAUUUGUUAAAGUGCUUUAAAAUAAACUUGUUGUACAUUCGAACAAUUAAAUUUGUUAGCUUUUA